AACAUUCCAAUCGAAUCUUGAACUGAGAGGAGAUUACUUAAUUGAUGCAAUAAUAUAAUUUCCAAUUCUGCAUCAAUACAUACAAGUUAAGUUAAGUUGGUCUAUACACAGAAUGAGGACGGAGGAUGGGGAUUUUAUAUUGAUGGACACAGCACGAUGAUCGGAUCUGCAUUGAGUUAUGUAGCCUUACGAAUACUAGGCGAGGGAGAACAUGAUGGAGAUGGUGCGAUUGCUAGAGGCCGUAAGUGGAUACUUGACCAUGGAGGUGCAACUGCUAUUCCCUCGUGGGGAAAGGUUUAUCUUUCGGUGCUUGGAGUGUAUAAAUGGGAGGGUUGUAACCCAUUGCCUCCAGAAUUCUGGCUCUUUCCAGCGAGGUUUCCUUUUCAUCCUGCUGAGAUGUGGUGCUACUGUCGUACAACCUACAUGCCGAUGUCAUAUUUAUAUGGGAAACGUUUCCAAGGACCGAUCACAAAUAUUGUUUUGUCGCUACGAGAAGAAAUCCACUGCACCUCAUUUGACAGUAUUGAUUGGAAUGCACAAAGGAAUAAUUGUUGCAAGGAGGACUUCUACUAUCCACAUUCAUUUCUUCAAGAUAUGCUGUGGCAUUUUCUUCACUAUUUUAGUGAGCCAGUUCUCAUAUACUGGCCUUUUACUAAACUACGAGAGAUAUCUCUUAAAAGAGUUGUGGAGCUAAUGCGCUAUGAAUCUGAAGAGACUAGAUACAUGACUAUUGGAUGUGUAGAAAAGAGUCUCCAAAUGAUGUGUUGGUGGGCAGAGAAUCCAAAUGGGGAUGAGUGGAAAUAUCACCUUGCCAGGCUACCAGAUUACUUAUGGAUUGCAGAAGAUGGAAUGACAAUGCAUAGUUUUGGUAGUCAAAUGUGGGAUUGCGCUCUCGCAACUCAAGCAAUCAUCGCAAGUGAUAUGGAAGUGGAAUAUGGUGAUUGUCUUCGAAAAGCAAAUUUCUACAUAAGAGAAUCGCAGAUUAAAGAAAAUCCAUCAGGAGAUUUCACUAAAAUGUGUCGACACUUCACUAAAGGAUCAUGGACUUUUGCAGAUCAAGAUCAUGGAUGGACUGUCUCUGACUGUACUGCUGAAGCAAUAACGUGUUUACUCCUAUUUUCACAAAUGGAGAAAGAAACUGUUGGAGAGAACGCUGAUGUUUCACGACUAUAUGAAGCAGUGAAUGUUCUUCUUUACAUGCAAAGUCCUGUCAGUGGUGGGUUUUCUGUUUGGGAGCCACCAGUCCCAAAACCAUUUCUACAAUUUCUGAAUCCUUCAGAGAUUUUUGCAGAUAUUGUUGUUGAGAAAGAGCAUGUAGAGACAACUGGCUCCAUUAUCGUUGCUCUGGUAGAAUUCAACCGGAUCUACCCACGACACAGAAGCAAAGAAAUCGAGGUGUCCAUUUCAAAAGCAAUUCGCUAUCUUGAGGAAACACAACGUGAUGAUGGAUCAUGGUAUGGCUAUUGGGGAGUAUGCUUUAUAUACGCAACAUUCUUUGCCCUAAGGGCCUUAAGUUAUGCUGAUAAGACGUAUGACAACACUGAAGUGGUUCGUAAAGGUGUGAAAUUCCUACUUUUAAUACAGAACGAAGAGGGUGGUUGGGGAGAAAGCCACAAGUCGUGUCCUACCGAAGUAUACACACCAUUGGAUGGAAACCGAACAAAUUUUAUGCAAACUUCAUGGGCAAUGCUAGCUCUUAUGUUUAGUGGACAGGUGGAAAGAGACCCAGAGCCUUUGCACAAAGCAGCAAAGUUGUUGAUUAAUGCUCAGAUGGAUAAAGGAGAUUUCCCUCAACAGGAAUAUGGAGGAGCAUACAUGAAGAAUUGCCUGUUGUUCUAUGCACUACACAGGAACAUUUUUCCACUGUGGGCACUUGCAGAGUACCGUAAACAUGUUUGGGUAACUUAACAAUAUUUAUUUAAGUAUAUAUGUUAUGUUUGUGUAACAAUUUUCAGACUUAUAAAGUUGUAUAACUCUUUAAAAUAUGAUUGACUAAUAGUUACAUAUCUAUAUCUAUAGUAUAUUAUAAA